AUGGCUCUAUCCUCUCAGUCUGUAUUCUUCCUAGGCCUCCUGGCUCUCGUCCUUCUCGCAUCUCCAGCUCAUGCCUUUGGAGCUGGUAAUAUCGCUUCUCUAGCGCGGAUCGAAGGCCAGAAUUUCCGUCAUGGAGACGUUGAAGACGCUUUAUUGACGCUGCUCAUGGCCCGCGUUGCUGGUGGGAAGAAAUUCAGCAAGCUCGACGUGAAGCGCGUUUAUUUUGGGAACUGGCUCCGUGAUUACAGUCAGGCUGUCGACGUCGGUACUGUCAAGUAUGUCAGUGCUAAAGCUAUUCGGAUUCUACUCUGGGUUUUGGGCUUUAUCACUUUUGGCUACGGUACCGAAGAGUUUGAAGUUACCGCAGAGCGCUUGGGUUGCUACCAACCCACGGAACAUAUUGACAACCCCCUCGGUUAUGCGGACGGAGAGGACGCUCGGCAGUAUGACCGUCGCCUUCGAGGCCCGGUUGAUGAGGAGCGCGAAUUAUCAAUUGAUCCACGAACCGGGUUGAAAAACUACAUCGCGACUGAAGACAUCGGCAUCAAUACGUCAGCACAUCUUGUGAAGCGUGUCCUGGGCGGUUGCAUUGAACAUGGCCGGCGGUAUGCCAGGUCCGGGAACAAGGCUGAUCUCUACGAGGCUCUUCGCCUGAUGGGCACCGGUCUGCACUGCCUUGAGGACUACGCCGCCCAUUCCAACUACACGGAAUUGAGUCUGAUCGAACUCGGAGAGCGCGAUGUCUUUCCUCAUGUUGGUCGGAGGACCCAGGUUGAGUUGCAAGGGGCGCACCAUCCUGUCUACCCUAUCGUCACUGGCACUUUCGGUGGUGUCGACUUCCUCCAUUCCGUCAUGGGAGAGUUCUCCGACAGGGCAGCUCAGUCGGAGCUUCAGGAGCUGGAGGGUGCCAUCUCAGACUCACAGAACGAAGGACCGAGUGGUAGUAUCUUGCAGGCUCUGCUCGACAAGAUCCCCGAGGGUAUCAUCGGGGGUGGCCACGAGGACAAGAUGAACGAUUUCAAGUCGAAAUCCGACGAAGCCAAGAUUAACAAUGAGAACAUCAGCCCUCGUGAGCCGGAAGAAUGGACUAACUAUCUGUCUGACGUUCAGAAAUCCAUCUAUCCAAUCUUAGAGUGGCACGAUAACCUACUGAAGUGCAUCAACGAGGCUAUUGAGGAGAUUCCCGUGCUGCCGGAGAUCAUCGAGCAGAUUCAGGAUCGGCUCAGUGUCUUUGUCUUCUCGGUUAUUGCGCCAUACGUACUCCCGAUCAUUAAGCAGAUCAAGACGGAACUGCAGACAGGUUCUUCAGAGGUCAUCCAAAGCAGUCUGGAGCAGCAGCACAUUGUCUUCAAUGAUGAUACUUGUUCAGAUCCCACCCACUCCAUGUUGUCGAAGGAUCACUUUUCUAAUGUCCUGAACGAGCCCGCCGGUCUGGUCGCCUCUCAAGUCGUCAAAUGGACUGUUCCGCAGUUGAUGGCGUGCUGGGAUAACGAGGACAUUGAUAUAAACCGGACCCUGAACAGGAUCGUCCAUGGUGUUUUCCACCACCCCGCCCUUCGCGAACAAGGCGACGAUGGAGCCGCAGACAUCCGCCAUAUUAUGUUCAGGACGGUUGAGGACUGGUGGCGUGGGCAGGAUGACGAAAGUCGAAACUCUCUCCGUCGACAGUUGAGCCGUGAAGGUGUUCGUAACGGAGAGAACCAUAAGGAAGGAGUUCAUGAUACCGGACACGGCUCCUGCAAGCCGAUCAAGCUCAGCUCUGGGUUAGGCUCUGGCUCUGGCCCCAACGCAAGCGUUGGUUCCUUCGCCCAGUCCGAGACGAAUCGUAUCGAGAAGCUUGCGCAAGAAGCUGUGGGCGGCGGUGCCCUGGGAGGCAUCGUGGGUGGUCUGCUCGGUGGCGUCCUCGGUGGUGGUGACACUUCGGAGAAACAGAGCUACGAACGCAGAGAAGAAGUCUCGUACAGCCGACCACAGGGUCGUCCUCAACACGAAUCGUAUGAGAAUAGGUAUCAGGAACAGAGCUACAGUCGCCCUGAGGGUUAUGGUGAGGAGCGCCGCUAUGAGUCGCAGUUCAGAACUGAAGAGUCGCAAUAUGGAGAACAGAGCUAUGGCCGUCAAGAGCAGAUGUACGGUCGUCAGGAACAGAUGUACGGUCAGGAACAGAGCUACGGUCGUCAGGAACAGAGCUACGGCCGCCAAGAAGGAUACGGUUAUGGCGAGGAGGGUCGUGGUGAUACAUAUGGCCGUCAAGAACAGAGCUACACCCGGCAAGAAGGAGGCUACGGCUACGGGUAUGGAGAGGGAGGCCGUACCGAGACGUACGGACGAGUUGAACAGGAGUCACGAGGAUACGACCAGCCUAGCUAUGGCCGUGAGGAACGUUCCACCUAUGUGGAGUCCUACGGCGGCGGCGAACCCCGUCGCGAAUACGGUGAAUAUGAGCAGCAAUCCUUCCGCAGAGGAGAUGGUGGCUACUCCGAAACAUACAGGCAGGAGAGCUAUCCGCCUCGUAGAAACGAGUAUGAAUCUAGCGAGUAA